UGAUUGACUACUUGAGAACAGGAUUCAUUACUUCCGCUCACUUAAGUUCUUUCCUUUUUGCAUCGUGCUUUUGAGAACAUAAGGCUGCGAAGAUGCAGAUUUUUGUCAAAACUUUAACGGGCAAGACCAUUACGCUUGAAGUUGAGCCGUCUGAUACAAUAGAAAAUGUAAAGGCCAAGAUUCAGGACAAAGAGGGAAUUCCACCUGAUCAACAACGUUUAAUAUUUGCCGGAAAACAGCUUGAAGAUGGUCGUACGUUAUCAGACUACAACAUACAAAAGGAAUCAACGCUUCAUUUAGUUUUGCGAUUGCGUGGUGGCGCCAAGAAACGCAAGAAGAAGAAUUACUCUACACCCAAAAAAAUGAAGCAUAAGAGGAAGAAGGUUAAGCUUGCCGUCCUUAAAUACUAUAAGGUUGACGAAAAUGGUAAGAUACAUCGCCUUCGCCGCGAAUGUCCUGGUGAAAAUUGUGGAGCUGGCGUUUUUAUGGCUGCUCAUGAAGAUCGUCACUAUUGUGGGAAAUGCAAUUUGACAUUUGUAUUUACAAAACCAGAAGAAAAAUAAAUGUUAAAUAAACGUAAAUAAUUGCGAACCGGAAUAAACGCUUAUAUUUUAAA